AUGUUUUCAACGAGACUGAGGAGGAGACUGCUGGUGCCAACAACGCUGCCGUCUCUCGCCAUGAUUGUCGCACUGAUGAUUCUGGUUCAGCAUAGUAGUGAGGCGUUCUUUUGCGCAUCUCCCAUUCUUCCAUUGAAAACUCGAUUGGCGGAAAGUACUUGGAGGACAUUGGAUACGGCACGAACCAAGUGUUCACAGCGGUUGUACGCAACACCAAAGUUGGCAAGGACAAUCCCCGUGCUGGGGCCCAUACCUGGAUCCCCACCUCUGUUGGUCGGUGAAGAUUAUGUUUUGGAGUUUCCCUCACCAUUACAAUGGAAUACGCUGGAGGAAUGUCUACAUAUUCACGAACUAUAUCUCAAGGAACAGCCAGAGGAAGUUGUUGGUAUUGAUGCGGCUCCAUUGGUGGCAGUCAUGGACGACGUGACAUCCCAACAAACCUUGGAUACUCGGAAUUCCAAAUACGCGACAAUUGCUGCAAUUGUUGGAGUCGUAACACCAUCCAAGGUGACACUGGAUACAUCUUCUGAAGAAAGCUUUAUGGAGUCACUGCAGCUCAUUACCGCAAAUCAAAAAGAUACUUUCCUUCCUUCCAAAAGCAAGAUCCGUCUUGUUGGCAUUGGUCGUGCAUCCUUGUGCGGAUUUCAUUCUCGUCUUCCAAAUAGCUAUUGGCAGGCAUUUGACAAGAUACAAGGAAUACAAGGGGAUGAUGAGGGACUCGAUGACGGAGAAUACCUCGAUGAGCGAGAGACACCUCUACUGAUUGCCCAGUUUAACCUAAUGGUGGACACGGACCAACGAUCGGAGGGUGCCCAAAAAGUAGGACGCGCAAGAUUUGUGUCACCAGUGCAUGCUCUUGCAGAAAUGAGUCAAUGGACGGCAAAGCUCCAAUUCAUGCACGAAGAUAGGCAGAGGCUAGUUCGAGGUCUGAAGGCUGCUGAUGCUCGGCUCAAGGCAUCCACUGGAACAACGUUGGAAGACCAUGAUGGUAUUGGUCUCUUAUCCUCGGGCUUCGUCCUGGAUGACGCCGAGAACAUGCGUGCGGCCCAGCCAGACAUUGAUACACUCCUUGAGGACUUUCCUGGACAACAACACAAGGCUUUUUCUGGACAGUCAGCUCUGAGCCAGGUUAUGCAAUGGAAGAACUAUGGAAUGGGCUUUACAGCAGCGGCAUUCUCGUCAAUUCCGCCACUCACGCAUAACAUGAUGGAGAAAUUGCAAGCAUACUACAGUCCACAAAAACAAGUCACGGAGGAGUACUAUUACGAAGUUCUGAGUUUCAUGGCAGUGCUUUCACUUAAGGACUUUCUGCCACGAGAUGCAUUGAAUUACGCUCUCAAAGCAACAAACACAAUGGAACGAAUGCAGUGGGCAUAUGAGAUGAUGAUAGAGCACAAGCUACUGCUCAAAGAUGCAAGCGAGGAAAUUAGCGCUGAAUUACGUGAUUGUGGGGAAGAGUGUACCGAUUUGUGGUAG